AUGGCUAUCUCUUCUCCGGAUGAGACCACGAAAGCUACUAAGUCAGAAGAUGCUGCUGAAAGUACCGCCCAGCUUCAACAUGCGAACAGUACUGGGGGGUCAGAGGAGACCUCGACGGUAAUGCACGGUUUCAAGCUUGUUGCAAUCUUUAUAGGUAUAUGCUUCGGCACCUUCUUGAUGUCCUUGGAUAUUUUCGUCAUCGCAACGGCUAUUCCAUCAAUCACAUCCGACUUCAAGGAUACGUCGCAGCUGGCCUGGUAUCCGGCCGCCUAUUCCCUUACGACUUGCGCAUUGACCCCGUUGGCAGGAAAGCUGAGCUCAACGUUUCCACUCCGCUGGAUCUACAUAAUAUUCUUCUCCAUAUUUUUGGUCGGCAGCCUCAUAUGUGGAUGUGCUCCAAAUAGUAACACCUUCAUUGUGGGUCGUGCAGUCGCAGGCGUUGGGGCGUCCGGUGUCGCGGGUGGUGGGUUUGUUAUUGUUCUCACUGUUUCUUCAGAGAAAGCGAAACCGCUGCUCAUGGGCAUAUGCAGCAGUUGCUUUGCUAUGGGCCUCAUUCUAGCACCCAUCAUAGGUGGCGCAUUUACUGAGAAGGCAACGUGGAGGUGGUGUUUUUGGAUCAACCUUCCUCCAGGUGCUCUGACAUUAAUCUGUAUGCUCUGCUUCUUCAGACCCCCGUCCAUGCAGCGCGAUCAGUCUGCUAUCCAGCGGAUCAAAAGCCUAGAUUUUAUCGGAUGUGGAAUAUUUAUUCCAGGUAUUUUCAUGCUGCUUCUCGCUAUGAUGUGGGGCGGCACAAAAGAGAAUUGGGACUCAGCAACAAUCAUCGGUCUCUUCGUGGGCGCAGCUGUGAUACUCAUACUCUUUGUUUGCUGGGAAAGCCAUAAAGGAGAUGAUGCUAUGAUACCAGGAACCCUCAUUGUUAGACGAACAAUCGCUUUCAGCGUUUUAUUUUCAUUCUGUCAUUUUGGGUCUCUUGGCAUUAUGAAUUACUAUCUUCCUGAAUGGUUUCAAGCAGUGCAAGGCGCAACUCCGUUGGAAAGUGGUACGCGGAUUUUAGCUGCUGUGCUCUCUCAGAUAGUGGGAACAUUGACUGCUGGUGUUCUGGCGCGGAAGAUGCAUUAUUACAAUCCUUGGCUCUUUAUUGGACCCCUCUUAGUGUGCACUGCGGCAGCUUUAUACACUCAAUUCUCGACUUUCGAUACACCGUCUAGCCAUUGGAUUGGAUUCCAGGUCAUCCAGGGUCUCGGAGUUGGCAUGGCCCAACAAAUGCCCUCUCUCAUCGUCCAAUUAGCAGUCAAAGAUAAGCCGGACCUUAUGCCAGUUGCCGUCUCACUCAAUCUGUUCUUCCAAUUCUUAGGGGCCACCGUCACGCAAGUUCUUGGAGGUAUCGUAUUUCGUUCAAUUCUGGGCCAAGAACUGGCCAAGCAUGCCGGACUCAAUGCCUCCCAAAUCAAUUUGUUAUCUACCGCUGGAACUGCCCAUAUACGUGAAACUACCGAGCAGAGCUUUCCCCCCAAAUCGUUACGUUCAGUUCUGGAAUCUUACAACACAGCCAUUACUGCAACGUUUUUUGUUGCGGUCGCUACGACAGCCAUAGCAUUCUUACUAGCUUUUGGAGUCAAGUGGUUCAGAAUCGCCGAGGCAAAGUCCACUGAGGGGGAAAGGGAUGACACUGAGCGGCAGUAA